CCCUGAGGAGCAGUGGGGACAGCUGCGUGCCGGGGCGUUAUCCCGGCGUCCCGGCCAGCCUAUUUUCCAGGCGAGGAAAUAUUUAACCGCGGCGUCAGCGGGCAGGGCAGGCAGCUGCAGCCAUGGAGAGAAGCGGGCAGCACCCGCUCCGUGCUGUCCCCCCGGGCCAGCCCCAGGGUGACCAUCUCCAGCUCCUGCUGCGCCGCAGCCGCGAGGCCAAAAACUGCGCCUAUUGCCCCUACAGCCGCUUCCCGGUGGGAGCUGCGCUGCUCACCGCCGGAGGGGAGAUCUUCUCGGGGUGCAACGUGGAGAACGCCUGCUACAGCCUGGGGAUGUGUGCCGAGCGUGGUGCCAUUCAAAAAGCCAUCUCUGAGGGGCACACCAGCUUCAAGGCCAUGGCCAUCGCCAGUGACAUGGGGGACGACUUCAUCACACCCUGUGGCGCCUGCAGACAAGUGAUGAGAGAGUUUGGCACAGACUGGGAUGUCUACCUGACCAAAGGAGAUGGCACCUACAUUGUCAAGAAGCUGGAGGAGCUGCUGCCUACCUCCUUUGGUCCUGAGGACCUGAAGAAGGUCUGAGCAGUGUGGCCACCACCAGUCUUUGCCCUUAGGCACAGGGCACAAUGGUUUUCCCUGAUUUUCUCAGCCUGUAAGCAACUUUUUGGGGACAACACAGUGGGAAAUUUGUUUAUAUUGUUAAGUUGCCUGUUCCUCUGUCUCAUCUUCUAAUUCAGUGUUGAUUUGCAGGCUCCAGCUCCACCUUGCCCCGAGGAAAUGGCAAAAUCAAAUCAUAGAAAUUCUCUGUUAUUAGUAAAAAAUGCAUCCAGACAUCCCUGUAGGCAAGGGAGGACAUGGCUUUGGUGCAGAACUCAAACAGGCUUUGGUACAGAAACCACUCCUGAAUAAUGCAAAAUCGUUGCUUGGGAAAGUGCUGGAUCCUUCAGCUCUAAAAAGAAGUGAAAGCAAGAGGGAAAAGGUCCAUCAACCCCAGCAGUAAUUAGUGACCCAAUCCAGAUUACGUAGAUUGCAGGAUGGUUAUUGCACUGACCAUGUCCUUUGCUCCUUUCUUUCCAGCUUGUUUUUCUUGCUUUCAUUCUGUUUGGGGUGAAGAAGAGGACAAGUUUUUGGGGUCUUCUGGAGGGUUUUGUGCCUCCAGGAUAAUCCCAUUUCUUGAUUGAAUAUUGAUUUGUAAUACAAUGAUAAAUGAAUUCUUUACAUUUCCUAGCCAGCGCUGGGUUGAGCAUUUCUGCCUUGCCCAAGUGAAAUAAAAGCAGUUCUGGUUUAUCUCC